ACUUUUCGCACUUUGGAUUCCAAAGCUUUCACCGGUCGAGUUCCCUUCUUUCGCUUCCUAGCCCUCUAAGUCAAGUAAGUCUCCCUCCUUUUCUUUAAUUACUUUCCCGGUCAUGUCUUCCCCUAGUAGUCAUAGGAUCUCGUCCUCAGAUGACUCCUCAUCUGAGGAUUCUACCUCCUCUUCUUCGACCGGGUACUAUUCCUCGGAUUCCGUACUCGGUCAGGUUCCCAGCCCGUCUGUCCCCGAGCCGGAGCCAGUAAACCAGGUGCCCGGUCAAGUUUUCGUGGAGAGGGACGAACCAGUUGAUAACGAACCGGGUCCCUAUGACCCUGACACUGAGUCCUGGGAGGAGUGGGAAGAGCGGCUUCGCACUGCCGGUUACUUUCCACUCCCCACCUAUUACGUUCUUGACAUUUCCUCCCAUGUAUCCAAAAUUGCCCUUAACAAGGUUCGUAGAAGGCUCCCGGAUGGGUACAUCCUUCAGUACGAACAUGAUUGGCCGAACAUAGUUGAACGCCACCGGGAGAAUAGGAUAGGUUUCCACAUUGUCUCUUUGGAUGGGGGCAUUGUUUUUCCCCUUCGCCCCCUCCUAACCGAAGUAUGCCACACGUUUAGGAUUUUACCUGGCCAGAUAACUCCUAACGCGCAUCGGUAUCUCCAUUCCUUUGUAAACAUAUGUUCUCACCUAAAAAUAGAUCCUUCUCUUCAUCUUUUCCUUUUCUGUUUUGAAGUCCUACCGGGUGGGACCGGCUGUGAAGGUUUUGUAUACUUCGAAGGCCGUACCGGUAGGAAAUUUAUUUCCGACGUCCCCCAACGUAACCGGGGAUGGAAGGAAAAAUUCGUUUUUAUUGAGUUUCCCCCAUUCGUCACCCCCUUGGCCAUCCUGAAAUGGAACGACCAUCUUCUAAACCAUGAGUAUACCCUACCGGCAUCUUCCCCUGAUCUUGAAGAAAGCCUUGAGAUUCUCCUUUGCGGUGAUCCGUUCACCGGGAGGAAAUUCCACUAUGGGAGCUGGGUCUGGAGAAUCCUACCGGGUGGUGAGGGUACCUCCCAGGCCCAUGAAGCAGCGGGGCGCGGGGCCAGGGAGAUCGGGCCGCUCACAGUGGACAGGUUGGGGAUUGGCUCCCCUUUCGAAGUUGACCGGCCGAAGAAGGAAAAAGAAGAGAUGGCCCUUAUCUUGAAGAGCCAGGCAGAUGAACUUAUUCGGCUAUCCGGGAUGGCCGGGAGAAUGAAGGCCGAGAUCUCCCAGCUGAAGGAGGAGAAUAGCCGGCUGAUGGAUGAGGUCUCCGAAGCCAAGAAGGAGAUGGCGGAGAAGGAAGAAAACUUCCCCGGGCACGCAGCUGCCUGGGUGGAAGAGAACAAAGCCGAUGCUGCCAGGGUGAUGACGGCAACAGCGGAGGCCACGAUGGAGUCCUUCAGGCUUUUGUACCGGGAGCCUGAGGGUAGGAAGAUGAUUACCGCGAUUGGAUCCUUCGGAUUCAAGAGCGGUCAAAAGAAGGACCGUAUCCCCUCUCACUGGGUAUUGCUCAAAAGAGACCCGGACCUCAGCGCUGCAUCCUACGGCCUGGCUCCCAUCCCUGAGGAAGAGCCUUCUCCCCCAUCCCCCCUCGAUUAAACUCCCCGGCUGCACCCGGUUGUUUCAAUUUGUGAAACUUUAAUAACUCUCAAUUUCCCCGGGUAUGCCCAGUCUAUUUUGUAAUCAUUUUAACAUUCAACUUUUAAUGUUCAAAUGCACGUUUACUUUUCCACCCGGUCAUAGUUUCCCCUUUGAAUGUUUUGGUUUAAUAUCCUGCAUUUGACCCUUUGG